UAGGACAAAUGUGGUCAAAGCAGAAGAACGAUUUCCCUUUUUUCCUCUUUUAACAACUUUCCAUCUCUCUAUUCGUCUCCAUUCUUCUCUCGUCUCCUUCCCUUUCUUCCGACCACCACCACUCGCCGCCUUCUACAGUUCGGAACUGUCGGAAAGUUCCCUGAAUCACUUCGCGUCUUAUUACUCGGCAAGAUAAUCUAUGUAGUGAGAUUCACUGAAGUAGCUCUCAUCAUUUUUUUGUCCUUAAGAAAAACUAGGAGGUGGAGACUCUGGUAAAGCUCCGAACCUUACCAUUCUGCUGCUACCGAAACCGCCGCCGGCGUUCAGAGGGUACAAAUUUUGUCGCGGCUCUGUCGAGAUCACGGUGCUGCUGAUGAAGCUUUUCAGGCAGACUCUUCCUGCCCAAUUGGCCGUUGAUAAAUUCAUUAAGCGGUUUACAGGGUCUUCUUUUCGUUUCCUCCAUUCUUCCCCUGAUGGGUUUGUCGAAGUUCAUUCUCCAGAAAAUGAAGUUGUGAUUGCUUUGGGAAGUAAUGUGGGUGACAGGGUUCAUAAUUUCAAUGAAGCAUUGCAAAUGAUGAAGAAAUCUGGAAUAAGCAUCACCAGACAUGGCUGUCUCUACGAGACUGCUCCUGCUUAUGUCACUGAUCAGCCUCAUUUCCUCAACUCUGCUGUUAGAGCCAUCACCAAGCUCGGGCCACACGAGUUGCUGGGAGUGCUGAAGAAGAUUGAGAAGGAGAUGGGUCGAACGAAAGGGAUAAGGUAUGGGCCUAGGCCAAUUGAUUUGGACAUUUUGUUCUAUGGCAAGUUUAGGGUCAAUUCUGAUGUGCUUACUGUCCCUCACGAGAGAAUUUGGGAGAGGCCAUUCGUAAUGGCACCGCUGAUCGAUUUGUUGGGUUCUGAUGUGGAGAGUGAUACAGUUGCUCGGUGGCAUUCUCUGUCAAUACAUUCUGGUGGGUUGUUUGAGUCAUGGGAGAAACUUGGUGGUGAAGGCCUCGUUGGGAGAGAUGGGAUGAAGAGGGUUUUGCCUGUUGGGAAAACCUUGUGGGAUUGGUGUGAGAGAACUUCUGUUAUGGGUGUGGUGAAUUUGACUCCUGACAGUUUCAGUGACGGAGGGAAGUUUCAGUCUGUGGAUGCUGCUGUUUCUCAGGUACAGUCAUUGAUCUCUGAAGGGGCAGAUAUCGUUGAUUUUGGUCCACAAUCGACUAGGCCAAUGGCUGAUAGGAUAUCUACUCAGGAGGAACUCGACAGACUGAUUCCAGUCCUGGAAGCUGUUGUGAAGAUGCCCGAGAUGACUGGGAAGCUUAUAUCGGUAGAUACUUUCUACUCGGAGGUGGCUUCAGAAGCCAUCAGUAAGGGAGCUCAUAUGGUAAAUGAUGUAUCUGGUGGCCAGUUAGAUGCCAACAUGAAUAAGGUUGUUGCUGACCUUGGUGUUCCUUACGUUGUGAUGCACAUGAGAGGUGAUCUGACAACGAUGCAGAAUUGUGAGAACCUGGAGUAUGAUGAUGUUUGCAAGCAGGUUGCUUGUGGACUGUACUCACGAAUUGCGGAUGCAGAAAUGUCCGGUGUCCCAGCUUGGAGGAUCAUUACUGACCCUGGACUCGGAUUCUCGAAGAAUACCAAGCAUAAUCUGGAGCUACUCAUGGGCUUGCCAAAGAUUAGAGCAGAACUAGCCAGGAAAAGUUUGGCUAUCUCUCAUGCUCCAAUGUUGAUUGGACCUUCGAGAAAGAGGUUCUUGGGUGAAAUUUGCAACCGGCCUUCUGCAACCGACAGAGAUCCUGCUACUGUUGCUUCUGUCACUGCUGGAGUCUUGGGUGGCGCAAACAUCGUGAGGGUGCAUAAUGUACAAGAUAACGUGGAUGCUGCCAAGCUUUGCGAUGCCAUGCUGAAAUGCCAGAGUUGAGAGAUCUAGUACUGUACGCUAACGCGGUGAGAGCACCUGAUACGCUUCUGCGAGUUUCAUCUCAGGGAGAACCUCUGUGGCUUCUGCUUAACCAGUCCUUUGCAACAUAGAUGAAGUCCCAAUGCAGAGAAGUGAUUGGAAAGAGGAAGAAGGAAGACGCUAAGGAUUUCACUUUGCAACAUGUUUUUCACUUGUGUUUUUCAUCAGAUUUGACUCCAUAUCUCUGUGAAAGCAAUCACUAAUGGAAAGAUGAACACGUUUUUGUCUCGAAUUCGCCAUAGAUUCAAUUUGCAACAUGUUUUCAUUGAGGUUUUUCGUCAGAUUUGACUCCGAAACCUUGUGUUAUUCAUGAUCUUCAUUCAUGCACCUUCAAUGUCCUUAUAAUUUUGAAAUUUUAGAACAUAGCCAUCUUUGGCCUAGAAGUAAUGGGAUAAUUAGCAUAAAUGGUCACAAACCUUUGUACUUAGUACAAAACAGUCACAAACCUUUAAUUUGUAACCAUUUGAUAACAAAACUUUUUACUUAGAACAAAACGGUCACAAAUUAAACAGUGUGACCAUUUCAUACCAGUUCAAACUUUUGUUACCGUGUCGUUGCAAAUUAGACUUUUGGUGACCGUUUUGUACAAAUUAAGUUCAAAAGUUUGAACGCUCAAUCACCGUUACAAUUCGCUCUAGUUGUAUGGUGGUUUUGUUAAUGUAUGUGAAUGAUAUGAUCGUCAUAAAGGAAGACAAUGAGAGAAUUAAAUGGCUCACAACGGGUUCCAGACUGCUUUUUAGUUGAAAAACUCUGUCUACUUUCUUGGUAUCGAAAUAUGUUUUUUAUAGAUUGGUAUCGAAAUUGAAAGGUCAACUGAGGGCAUUCUUAUUUGGCAAAGCAAAUAUGUCGAUGAACACAUGAGCUGACAUCUUAUAUGUCGUUCAAGUGGUUAGUGUAAUAUACUUAACGAACAAACUACCCGACCUCAAAACAUGACAAACAUUUAAUUUGUAACGAUUCAGUAACAAACCUUUUCAUUUAAAACAAAACGGUCACAAAUUAAAUAGCGGUGACCAUUUUAUACAAUUUCAAAAUUUUGUUACCGUAUUGUUACAAAUUAAAGGUUUGUGACCGUU